CCUGUUUGUGGGAGUGUAGGAGGAUAUCGCGUGCUUCCUCGCGAGGUUCGCUAGUGAGUAUCAGGCCGGCGAGUCGCGUGCGCCAGUAGAGUCGGGAGGCCGGAGGAGGAAGCGUUGAUGAAGAAGCCCACGAAUGCAGCGGCAGAGGGAUAGGACUGCUGCUGCGACGCCGGCCAACUCCUAUACGCUGGAGGAUGGAUUGGACUACCGGAGAAGCGCCGACGAGAUGGACACGUAUAUCACUGACACGUAUAUUUUUGCCGACGAGUUACGCGCGGGGGGAUGUGUAAUUUUCUCGGCGGUCUCGUUAAUAGCCGACUUGAAGCUCGGCUUUAUAUCGAUCAGCUGCUCUGCUGACUUUUUUUUCGUUGCCCUUUUUUUCUGUAAACGCAGAAGCUUGUGCAGCCGUUUGGAAGAACCAAGUCAACGAAUUCAGAGUAAGAGCAAACGGUUGAAGAAGCCAAUCAAUGUCUUUCUAAAUAAAGCUUCAUUCAACAGCAUGCGCGUAACCUUGAAUCCCGCGAGCUUCAGAAUUUAGCGUGUUUCCGCGCGUCACCGUACUGUACAUAUAUCAAUAAACAAUCCGGCCUCUCCCGGCUCUUACUAACACAAUCCACGUAGCUCGAGCCGUAUCGGAUUCGGCAAAAGUUGCUCGAAAAAGCAACUGCUCCAUUAGAAUGAAGGCAUAGUCAUUGAAAGGGUUAAAGAAGACAUCAGAUACUUUUUAUAGCCCGAGGCACGCUAAUAUUUCCUCGUCGCGUAUAAAUCGCCCUGCAUCGGGCAUUUUCUCUUUUCUUUCUCCUCGAAACUAUACAACUCGUUGCUGUAUACGUAAACCGCGUAAAUUUACUAUGCGAAGCUACCUCCUUAUGCUACAAUGAUCCGUAAACACGUUAAUUUUGACGACACGAGCUUUUAACGCACCGCGAACGCGACUCAUUCGUCGCACAGCGAGAUUAAUAAAUUAAAAACGAAUCGAUCACCCGCACGCAACGCAACCGAUCGUAUUACCGAACGAGAACUACAAAUCCCACCCUUCCGCAAUUUCGACUCGUGUUUCCUCCUGCCUCUAUAUAAACAUGCAUCUCGGCAAUAAUCUCCAUAACUCCUGCGCCUCUUCAUCGCACAUCACGCCUGCGGCUCGCGCGCCCGCACGAAACCGCGGAACAGCAAUCGUCGCCGAGCGGCGGCCUUGCCUGACACCCGGCCACAAAUCGUCGCGUCCCUUCGAUUUCGCACAAUCUAAAAAUAACGAUACAAACGAUAUAGGGCCAAAGCGAGAAGGAGGGGGGGCUGUAUGAUGUAUUACACACACACACAUACACGUCGCGAGAUUGUCGCGUGCGGCAAUCAUUGUCAAUGUAUAUUACACCGAAGCUUUUUUCUCCCUGCUCUCAUUCUCGGCUCGACGGCCAGCGGCUGCACUCGAGUCGGCCCCAUAGACGAGCCGAAGAAGCAGGAAAUCGAUCGGGAAGCUUCUUUAGAGGGACUCGCUCGGAGCUUUGGGUCCCGCAGCUGAGUGGCGACGCAUCGGUAUGACGACGGCUCUCAACACGAUCGACGGGCCAUUUGUCUUCCGGCUGAACGACAACGGCGUUGGACCGCAUCUGCUCGUCCAGGUCUGCACGGAGAGAGGCUGGCGCGAGUACACGGGCGACAACAAUGUGUUCAAGGACCGCUGGAACCUCUGGUGGAAGUCCGGGGGAUUUUCGCAGACGCAUUACAAAUCGCUGCUGCCCUGGCAGUUCAUCAAUCGGAUACCCAAGGGAAACUCGAUUUGCAGGAAGGACAAUCUCGUGCGACACUUGAAGUGCAUGAAGAAGGUCUACGGCAACGUUUACGACUUUAGUCCCUUAGGCUACAAUCUCCCGUCGGAGUACACGAGACUCGCCGCGGACUGCAGUCGUCUGGAGAAGGACGAGAGGAUAUGGAUCUGCAAACCCGUCGGUCAGAGCCAAGGCAGAGGGAUAUUCCUCUUUCGCAAACUGAGCGACCUCACCUACGACAGCGUCGCGGUGGUCCAGCGCUACAUCGAGAACCCGCUGCUGAUCGGCGGCUACAAGUUCGAUCUGCGCCUCUACGUCUGCGUCCCGUCCUACCGUCCACUGGCGAUCUACCUCUACAAGGACGGGAUAGCGCGUUUCGCUACGGAAAAGUUUUCCCUCGACAGCAUAGACGACCCCUUUCGGCACCUCACCAACUUCUCGCUCAACAAACUGGGACCAGGAUACUACGAGAAGAAGGAGCGAGUCGGAGCUGGUUGCAAGUGGACCUUCCGACAGUUGCGGAGAUACCUGGAGCAAUCGGGAUACCUGGACUGGCUGCUCUGGCAGAGGAUCGCCUGCAUCGUCACUCUGACCGUUCUCAGCCAGGCCGCGGGUAUUCCCAAAUCGUCCAACUGCUUCGAGUUCUUCGGGUUCGACGUGUUGAUAGACGAUAACUUGAAACCUUGGCUGAUCGAGGUGAACGUCAGUCCUGCGCUGAGCAACGACUGCGAAGUAGAUUCCGAAGUGAAGAAGCCUCUGCUCCACGAUCUAUUCGACCUGCUGGGCCUCCCAGUUUGCAAUACCGGACUGUCUCUAUUCACGAUCUGGGCCAAUGCGAACAUCGAAGAGGAGGAGGAAGACGAGGGGGGCCGAUUCUAUCACAAUAAAUGCUCCAAGAAGAGAUGCAAAAUCGGACGCGAGCCGAUGAAAAUUGUCAAUCUCUGCCCUGAAACUAGAUCCAUGUUUCAGCAACAGGCGCCGGACAUUUACUCCGAGAACUCGCGCUACAACCCGCUGUUCGUGGAGAAGAACAUACGGCGAGGUCUGAAGAGCCAGUCCAGCAGAGAGCAAGCCUCGACUUCGAUGUGGGACAACGGCCGGGACUGGAGAAGACCGAGCAAGAGGGAAGGCGCGUGGAUCAGAAUCUGCCCUCUCGUGCAGCAGCGAUCUUCCGAGACCGUGGAGUUCGGCACGGGCUGCUCGGCGGGGCCCAGAUACGUCGAGAAGGAGAUUAAAAAUACGGUUCUUUGUGUUCAAAAAUUCUUAAAAACUGCCAAAGAAGUACAUCGGAAAUUCGGAAAGCAGGGUGACGAGAAGUGCAACGACAUGCUGCAAGCCGCCAUGGAACUCGAGACCGAAAUUUGGCUUCCGAAUAAGUGAUUUCAAGAUUUAUGAUAAUUUACAUUCGAUCGUCACGGAAAAGUGUUCAAUUUUCAAAUACUGCACUAACUGUAGAUAUUAUUAUAUAUAAAAACAAAAAGUAAUGCGAUAAGUCUGAGGAUAUUGGUGUUAAAAAACAUCGUUUACCAAGACAAACUCGGUUUAUUGGAUUUUUGUUGAAAAUUUACAUUAGUUUACUCCCUUGGCUGCUAACCUCUUAUCACGCUCCUCGGCAAUCGUGAGCUUGACACCGUUGCCUCUUGGUAAACUGACGUAAGGCUUGGUUCCCUUGCCAA